AUGGACCGAGCCAGCACCAGCGCCGGCACUGAGGUCUCCCAGGUGGAUCGCUCCAAGCUGCACAAGUACAAGCGUGGCUCCAUUCUUCGCAUUCAUCUAACCAACUUUAUGAUUUACGAGAACAUCACCUUUACACCGGGGCCCUUUCUCAACCUCAUCCUGGGACCGAAUGGAUCUGGCAAGUCGGCUUUCGUUUGCUCCAUCAUCAUGGGCUGCGGUGGCGAUCCAGCCGUUACCGGCCGCUCGAGUAGCCUGAUCGAUUACAUCCGUUAUGGCAGUCAAACGGCUUCGAUUGUCAUCGAGUUUUACUCUGGAGAUGUCAACGAGGAAAACAUCAUCAUUGAGCGUCAACUUCGCAGUGUUCAAAAGAAUGGCAAAACGGAGUGCCAAAGCAGUUGGAAGUUGAAUGGCCGAACUGCGCAGCGAAAGGAUGUCCUCGACUUCAUCACCAGUCUGCACGUCGAGAUCAACAACUUGUGCCAGGUGCUACCACAGGAGCGAGUGGUCGAGUUUUCCAAACUUUCACCUAAAGAGCUUCUUGUUUCGACUGAAAAGUCCAUCGGCGAUUCCAAUCUGUACUCAAAUCACAUGCGUUUGAUAACUCUCAGUAAUGAAGCGGCUGAUCUGGCAGUCAAAAUUAAGAACUGUCACGGCUUCAUUAUGAAGUUCAACAACCACAAGACCACCAUUGAGCCUGACAUGAAGCUGCUUAAACAGAGGAAGAAGUUUGAGAGAGAAAUCGGUUGGCUGGAGAAGAAGAAAAUUUAUCUCCAGUUUCAAGCGAAACAUGAGCAGUACGAGGAAAUUAGGAAAACUUUUUACCAGAAGAAAAAAGAGUUUGAAACUGCUACUAAUCGUCUGAAGCCAGUUAAAAAGCGCAUUGAAAAUUGUAUUGCUCUUUCUGGUAAACUGCAUAGCAGAAAGUCCAAAUCAGCUGCUUUCAUGAAACUAUCAAGUGAUAAAGUUAGUAAGUGUACCAAAAUCAUCAGCGACAUUGAUCGUGCAAUUGCCAAAGAGAUUGAUGACUAUAACGAAAUUGAGAACAACAAAAAGAAAAAUAAAGAGAAGCUGGCAAAGUUGGAGAUCAACAAGCGCAACUUUGAAAGUGAGCUGCAAAUGGCCGACGACGACACUCAAGAGUCUCACUUUGAAGAAAAGUUGAAAGAGAUCGACGAGGAAAUUAGGAAAAUCGAGUGGGAGCUUCAACAAGUAGAAACCAAAACAGACGGCCAAAAGCACCGACUGGGGCAGUUGCAGCAUGAGAAGGAGCGCUGUGAACGACAGAAGCGUCAACUGGGCGACCUGUUCAACCUGCGCCUGCAGAAGAUAGUCCACCAUGAGAAGGACAACUCGACGCAGAAGGCCUGUCAGUGGCUGGAGAACAAUGCGGGCGCUUUCAGCGGCGCCGUCUACCCGCCGGUGAUCACCCACAUCAACGUGAGCCGACCCGAGUACGUGAAGUACGUCGAGAUGGCCAUCGGCGGCAUCGACCUGAGCACCUUUCUCUUCGAGAAUCGCGAGGACCUGCAGCUGUUCUGCGAGAAGCUCGAGGCCGACUGCCAGGUGCGCGUCAACGUGGCCAUGCUGCCCCGUGACAUGACCAUUGAGGACUGCGCCCGGGACUUUAGCCUCGACCGCUACCGGCAGUUUGGCAUCUUCGCCUCGGUCCGCGAUCUCUUCACUGCGCCUGAUCCGGUGAUGAUCUACCUCUGCAAGUCGUACCACCUCCACCGAAUUCCCGUCGGAAACCACGAGACGGAGAACCAAAUUCAGGAGCUGAUGGAUCAUUCGGACUUUCGACGGAUUUUCACCUCGCAAAGCAUGUACAUCAUCGUCGUGUCGCGCUAUGACAACGCCAAGACCACUAAGAUUAACGCGCUUCGACAGGAGCGAUUCCUCAAUGUGAUUAUCAACCAGGCGGAGAUGGAUCAAGUGAACUCGAAGCUGUCUGAGUUUGCCAAGGAGAUGCACUUUCUGGAGAAUCAAAUUGAAGAGGACAAGUUGAAGAUUGAGAAGAUUACUGAAACGCGACGGAUGAAGCGCGAUGUCAGGUCGACAUUCGAAAAUAGAAAAACGGCUAUUGAGCUGAUGAAGCGGCGUCUCGAGUCGGUAGUUGCGCAGAUUGAGGAUACCAAACAGCGCCUCUCGGAAAUGGAUGACAGCAAGGGCCAAGUGACCGCCAAGCUGGACUCCUUUCACAAGCAACAGAUGAAGACGAUGGCCGAACUUUCUGACAUUGUGAAGGCCUGCGUUGAGCACACCAAGGCGGAGGCGGUUUUUACCGCGAAAAUUAACUUUAUCAAGAAAGUCCGCGCUACAUACACUUCACAAAAGGCCGAACUAGAAGAGGAGACAAAGUACCUGCAGAGUCAGCUGCUGGAGCUUUCGGCGGAAGUUAAAAAGGUGCGAGACGCUGUGAAGAAGGCGAAUGAAGAGGUAACAGCUGCCUGCGGAGCUGAUGUCACCGACCCCGUGAAAGGCCCAGAUAUCUUGGAGAAGUUUGCCACUCUGCCGAAUGAUGAGGAGGAAAUUGAGAAUGUCGAGUCGGUGCUACGCCUGCGAUGCCAGGGCAUCGCCAACAUUGACGAGUCCAUCCUGGAGGAGUACCAGAAGUACCAGCGCGACAUUGCCAUCAAGAACGAGGAGCUGGCCAAGCUGGAGGCGGAUGCGGCCAAUGUGGAGAAGGAGAUUCAGACCAUUCGGCCGCGUUGGGUGAACGCCCUCAAGGAUCUCAUCGGAAAGAUUGACAACAACUUUGGCGAAUUUAUGCAGACCAUGCAGUACUCGGGCGAGGUGUACCUCUACGAGGGAGAGAAAGAG